AUGAAUCUCGAACCAUUGAACCCGAACGAUGACAACCUUCCCAACUCCAACCUGUCGUGCUAUACGUGCUCUACGAUCGACGACAUCCGAUGCAAAGUGAUUAACGAAACCUAUUAUUACUAUAACAACAAAUACAGCACUUAUAACACGCGUCUGUAUGGGGCCGAGUGUGCGUCCGGUCAACAGUUCUGUGCCGUACAGAGACUCGACGCUAAGAUCAACCUGUCGUCAGUUGACUACAAAUUCUGGGCCAUUCAACGCAAGUGUGCCGAUCAGUGCGUAGACGGAUGUUUCGUUCUGGGUAUGGAUGGGGGUAUUGUCACUACACUUCCCAUCACUUUUAUUAGCCCUCACUUUUCCCUUCCCGUGAACUGACAUAUUCUUAACGCUAGUAAUGAUUUAUUUUCGCAUUACAGGCGAAAGAACUAAACUGAGUUUAUGUACCUCUUGUUGUCGAACCAAUUACUGCAAUGUUGGCAACACUAGCACUGAUCCAAUCGUUUACGCAAAUCUCAUACUUAUGUCCAUUCUUAUGGUUUUAUCCGCUGUUUGUAAUUAAUAAUUAUAUUUAACACAAAAAUUGUUUUUAAGAAUAAAUUCAUUGACGAAGUAAUGUUUUCACACAUUA